AUGGAUGACACCGAAAAGCAAGCAGAGAACUCCUUUAAAGACCUUCGAGAACAAUUACAGAGCAUGCCAGUCGACAUGCGAAUUUUUUCUCUUUGCAUGAGAUCCCUUUACUCAGAUCAGGCGCUUGACACCAAUUCCAAAGGCGCUAGAAAGUUUAGGGAACUCCGAGACAAAACCAGAAACGACGCAAUGGUGUACCUUAAAGGUGUCCUGCCGCUUUCGACCAAACUGGUCUCAUCCAUCAGCGAGUACUUUGAGUACUAUGAAGCCCUGGAGUACGAAGAAUGGCGUGAGAUGCUGUCUGACAUCCUCGAAGAGACCAUUGGCUACAGGGAGAUGUGCCAAGCGCUACUGAAGAUGCACGAAGACAUCUUGGUACCACUUAAAGAGAGAGAAGACCAGGCUCGCGUAAUUGUAAAAGAAUUGAAACACCUUCAAGAGGAAUUUGAAAGGAAGAAGAAAGAGCUAGAAGACAAGGCAGAUACAAAACGCUCCUGGGCGAUUGGACUUGCCUUUGUACCGUUUGUAAACGUUAUCGCGAGCCCUGUGUUGUUUUCUGCUGCUGAAUCAGAUGUGGCUAGUGCAGUUUCUAAAGGCUGCGAGGCAAAAGUUCAAGAAGCUGCCGCAAUCACAGUCAGCGACACCCUCAUCCCUGCCUUCAAGGGCUUUAUAAGUGGUAUCUCCAAAGCAGCUGGUUUCUUCUCCGUCAUGGAACAGGAGUUAAAAAAGUUUGAAGGAAAAGCUGAGAAAAGCAAGAGCGACAGCAAGAAACUGUACUACAAAGUUAUGAAGGCACAAGCAAGCGAUAUGAAGUGCCUUUGCCAAGGCCUCUACGCGGUUAUACCAGAGGUCAGAACUGAUUUCCUAGCCAUUCCAACCGAGGGAACAGACCAGAACUACAUCGACAGGUGGCUGGAAAAGCAGAAGAAAACCAUUCAAGAAAAAUGUUCAAUUCGAAAGAUAGCGAGCAAGCUUCUGUUAGCCAUCACAGCCCCAGAUGAGAGCAAGUGAAAAGUGGAAAGAACAAGAUCGAGUGUGACUCUUAGGAACAUCUUAAUGGAAACAGUAUGAUUUUUGUCUUUUUUACAUAUAUAUUAGAGUAAGUGUAGUUAAAUGCAGCAGCAAAACCAAGUUUUAACGUGAUUCAUUCCGGCAUUAGGGGUGGCAAUGACUACGAAGUUAUCGGAAUUGCUUCGUCUACGAUUUGAUUUUGUUACCUUUGUUAAUUGUUCAUACAGUGUGAGCAAGACUUUCACCCGAUCCGAUGAGGUAUUUGGUAGUGUUAGAGUGCCUUCCGAAGGAUUUCGUUAUUAGUAUUUUUCUUUUGGGUUUCGUCUGACCACCCAUUAAAAAGAGCUCUAACUGACGUAGAGACUUAGUAGAGCCAGAAUGCAGAGCUUUGAAUUAAAUAUCUCAGUCAUUACUUUUCAUGGAAAUAAAUCAGUAGGGAGCUUAUUAAUGCACAGUCCUGUAAGGAAUUGUGGAGGAGUUGAGGUAUCACGGCAGCGAGGCUUAUGAAAGAGUUGAUUAAAAACAGAUGUCUAUCUUCAGCAUUUUGCAAUUACCUCGAUGUGUUAACCGUCUCUGCCGGCGUUAGACCUCCUCGUGGAUGACAUGUGAAUGAAGUGUUAAGUUCGGGCUGAAAACGUGUUGAUUUGGCUUUGCGGCUCAGACUGCAAAUAACUUUAAAAAAAUUGUGUAGUUUCACAUCGUUUCUUAGAACGGGGAGGAAAUCUACAAAGUUUUAGAACGCAUGUGCAGAGGAGUUGUUCUGCUCGUUACAAGUUUUGUUUCUCCUUGUUCUCGUUCUCGCUGCUGUCGUUUUGUAAAAGUCCCCAUUAGUGACUGGAAGAGGAGUUCUACGGAGUUGUAACAAUCUGCUAGAAGAAUUCAACUCAUGAUAGAACUCCGCGAUUGAAGUUUUAUUUCUGCUAUGUUUUUUAAAACUGACAGGUUUAGAAUUAUAUUAAAUCAUGAUUCAUAACUUUUUGUAGGAGCGUUAUUAUUUUAAUCUUAUAAUCAAACAAGUUCAGGACACACAUUAUCAUGCGGUGUCAACUGUAAUCAAAAGUGAGUGAUUGUGCAAAGGUUUGUAAUUGAUUAGGUUUUAAUAAAGACUUCACAGAUGUUCCACA